AUGGAUGGCAACGCCGCAGCCGACAGACCAACCAAUGACCAUACUGCAAUGUUCAUGAUGCUCCAAAUUCAGUGUACAAAGAGUAGAAGGGAUGAGACAGCAGGGAAAAUAGUUGAUGAUUAUGGUGAUAGGAGUAGUAGGGAUGAGACAGCAGGGAAAAUAGUUGAUGAUUAUGGUGAUAGGAGUAGUAGGGAUGAGACAGCAGGGAAAAUAGUUGAUGAUUAUGGUGAUAGGAGUAGUAGGGAUGAGACAGCAGGGAAAAUAGUUGAUGAUUAUGGUGAUAGGAGUAGUAGGGAUGAGACAGCAGGGAAAAUAGUUGAUGAUUAUGGUGAUAGGAGUAGAAGGGAUGAGACAGCAGGGAAAAUAGUUGAUGAUUAUGGUGAUAGGAGUAGUAGGGAUGGGACAGCAGGGAAAAUAGUGGAUGAUUAUGGUGAUAGGAGUAGUAAGGAUCAGGGACAGCGAGGAAAAUAG